AUGUCUCUGCGGACUGCCAUCGAUGUUCUGUAUAGACGGGUUGAGACACUGACAGAUCUUGCGAAUCAGAAUGGCAUUUCAAUUCCGCCUCUCAGUGGUGAUGAACAGUCUCUGUUGGAUCAGAUCUGCGCGAACCUUGAAUUGCCACUCGAUCGCAUCCUGCCGGGGAUGAAGUCCUCGGAGUCUCACAUCUCCCGGCUAGAUCCCGUCGCCCUCAGCGAUACACCCCUCCCAGGCAUUGCACUCCUCGACGACAGUUUGAUGUACACAGCGAUACCCGAAGACUGCCAACAAAAUUCGACUAUGACAUAUGACUUCCAGACCUGGGCGGAUUUCACGACAAUCGGGCUAUGGGACGGCAGCCCUUCUGACUGGCCAUGGCAAAUUCUCAACAACCCCAUUGCAGAGAUGAACCUUCCAACGGAAUUACCGGUAUCAAAUGUGUCGUCUGAUGAUGAGGGAGAUGCAAACAUUGUUCCUCGCCUUGCUGCUCGCUUUGGUUCUCUGCGUGUUAGCCAUGACGGGAGCCUACGAUAUUAUGGAAGUGCAUCAAACCAUCACUUCCUAGGGAAACCAGUGCACAGUGAUCUUGACGACAAGGCACACGACAUUGAGAGGGAGUGUGCAAUCGCACUUGAAACUGCCCAACUGGAUCGUGAAGUUCCUUUUGACCUGCAGGAACAUUUAAUUGACCUAUUUUUCAAGUGGCACAAUACCAGUCACUCGACAGUGGAUAGAGCCACAUUCGAAAGCGCACGGUUACAAGAGAAUGGAGGCAAGCUUGGUUUCUGCUCGCAAUCCUUAGUAUCUGUCAUAUGUGCUCUUGGAGCUGCGUUCUCGGAGCGCUAUCAUGCUUCCUUCAUCACGUUCCCCAAACCCAUGGCAAGUUUCUUUGCGGACAAGAGUAAAGUUCUUCUGGAGGUGGAACUUGAGAGCCCUAAUGUCACUACCGUCCAAACUUUACUGCUACUGAGUAGUCAUGAAGCUACCAAUGGACACGAUGCACGUGUUUGGCUAUACAGUGGAAUGGCUAUGCGGCUUGCUUUCGCCCUUGGUCUUCACGUUGAUAGCACUCCAUUCGUUGAACAAGGACUUAUCUCAGCCAAGGAGGCAGAUGCUCGAAAGAAGACCUUCUGGAGUUGCCUCGUGGUAAAUUAG